UUUUUUUUAUCGUUACUGCAGUCGUUUUUCUGCAGCUCUACAGACAUAAACCUCUUUAUUACGCUCUGAAUUGAAGUUGCCUACAGUCAGAUAAGACACGCAGGCUACCGAGUUUUGGUUGUUCAGAGCCAAGCCCUGCGGAAAACAAUGGAUUCACCAAAGUGCCUGAUCGAAAACGUGGAUGGUGUGCUUCGACCUGUCCCAGAUGCCAUCGACCACCUUAUGAAGAUCCGUCAGCGCGUCGUCGUAGUGGCGGUGGUCGGGUUGUACCGCACCGGCAAGUCUUACCUCAUGAACAAGCUGGCUGGCAGGAAAGACGGAUUUGCUCUUGGAGACACCAUACAAUCCAAGACUAAGGGCAUCUGGAUGUGGUGUGUGCCUCAUCCUAAACAAGCUGACCUCACUCUGGUGCUGCUGGACACAGAGGGACUAGGGGACGUAGAGAAGGGAGAUUCGAAGAACGAUGCCUGGAUUUUCUCCCUGGCUAUUCUGCUCAGCAGCACUCUGGUCUAUAACAGUCGAGGGACCAUAGACAACCAGGCUGUGGAGAACCUCCAAUAUGUGACUGAGUUGACUGAGAGAAUCAAGGUGAAGUCCUCCAGCAAUGCUUCAUCCAGUGAGGAUGAGGAGGAGGGAGUCGAUGCCCAGUUUGUCCAAUUCUUUCCUAACUUUGUGUGGGCAGUGAGAGAUUUCACUCUGCAACUAAGAAUUGAUAACAGAGAUGUGACUGCAGAUCAGUACCUGGAGCACUCUCUGGAACUCAAGAAAGGUACUGACAGGAGGGUUAUGAACUUUAACCUCCCGCGAGCGUGCAUCCGCAAUUACUUCCCAACGCGCAAGUGCUUCGUGUUCCAGACCCCUGCUUCCCCUGAGAACAUGGUUCGACUGGAGUCCAUGGAUGAGAGGGAGCUCUGCCAAGGCUUCAGGGAGACCACAGACACUUUCUGCAACUACAUUUUUCAGAUGAGCCGUGUGAAAACCGUCAAAGGGGGUCAAGGAGUUACUGGUAGAAUGCUUGGCCACUUGGUCAAAAUGUAUGUGGAGACCAUUGCUCGGGGCGAAGUUCCUUGUCUGGAGAACGUGGUGCUGGCCAUGGCCCAGAUAGAGAACCAGGCAGCGGUGGAGGAGGGGCUGAAGCUGUACCAGAGCUGCAUGGAGCCGCUGAAGACCCGGUUCCCAGUGGACAUGGACCAGAUGUCAGAUCAACACCAACGUGCUGACCAGCAGGCCACCCAAGAGUUCAUGAACCGUUCCUUCAAAGACGGAAAUGGGGAAUUCUUGACAAUGCUGGCGAAUGGUAUUGCAAAGAACUAUGCUGAACUUCUUAUCCAAAAUGAUGACGCCUCAGAGAAGAAGUGUCAGGGUCUGCUGAGGGAUCUCUCCACUCCGGUCUCACAGAAGAUCCAGGAAGGGUUCUUUGCCACACCAGGUGGCUACGAGCUGUACUGUGAUCUCCACGACAAAUUAGUGGCACAGUAUCGUUCCACACCUAACAAAGGAAUCCGGGCUGAGGAGGUUCUGGAGCGGUUCCUGAAGGAGAAGAGUGUUGAGUCCAACUCCAUCUUACAAGCUGACCAGAAACUUACUGACAGCGAGAAGAUGAUCCAUGAGGAGAAGAAGAGAGUGGCUGUCCUGCAGCAGGAGAAGGCGGCUGAAGAGGAGAAACGCAUUGAGCUGCAGCGCACCAUGGAGGACGAUCGCAGGAGCCAGGAGGAGAAGAUGAAGAAGAUGGAGGAGAAGAUGAAGGAGGAGUUUAAGCAACAGCAGGAGGAGUUUGAAAAGGCUCUGAAAGUCAAACUUCAGGAGCAGGAGGAUCUGUUGCAGAAGGGCCACAAGGAGAAGGCUGAUUUGAUGGAGCAGGAGAUUCAAGAGUUAAAGAAGAGCAAUAAACCAGAAAAAGAGAGGGCGGCAGUGGCCGAGCAGGAAGUGAAGGUGGAGCAGGAGAAACGCCUGCAGCUGGAGAGGGAGAGCGAGGAGAGAGAGAGGAGUUACCAGGAGAGUGUGACUCAGAUGGAGGCUAAAAUGGAGCUGGAGGCAAAUCAGAUGAAGUGGGAGAUGGAGCGAGCCCUGGAGAGCAAACUGGAGGAGCAGAAGAAGCUUCACGAGAGAGGCUUCUUGGAGAAGGAGACGGACAUGAAGGAGGAGAUCACCGCACUGAGGCACAAGAUGGAGGAGGCCAAAAGCGAGAGGGAAGAUAAGGCUUCCUAUCGAGAAAUGAUGGGAACCCUCAUGCAUAGUAUCGGUGAUGGUUUGGGUCAUUACUUUAACUACAAACAGGCCCGUGAGAAACGCAAGGCAAUACAGAGUAAGACUCUACUGUCCUCCCGGCCCAGAGGUGUGAAGGCUGGUGUCCCUGACACCCAGAAAGGGCUCCCUAACCCAGGGACGAGAGACCAGACACAAGCCAAGUCUGGGGGGAGCUCUGGGUCAGAGGUGUGAUGUUUAGCCUGGAACUUGUCUAAUAAUCAUAGAAUCCUCAGGCAGGUUUCCUAGUACAGAUGGUUAUUUGGUGUUGGCAAGAUUUUACACCAUUUUCUAUACUGAUUGAUUUCUUGGGUUACAAGGAAAAAUAUAAAUAAGACGAAGGUUACUCGAGGGGCUACAUAUUAUGAAAUAAUGCAUGGCUCCAAAUAUUCAAAUUAAGAAUUUUCUUUUCUGAUUAUUGGUGGAUAUUGUGAGAACUUGAAAUUAAUUUGGUGUUUGGUUUUUGGAACUGACUGGUUUGAACUCCAGCCAUAUACAUUUCUUAUACAUUCAAAACAAAUAAAACUUCAUUUAAUGUCAA